AUGACACUUUUAAUCGCUUACAGCGAAGAUGUUCAAAAUUCAAACACAACGCCGAAACUUUGGUCGGAGACACUGAUGUCCUUCAGUCUACUUGUAAAUAUAUCCAAAAUCUUCAGUCUGCACGUUGGUACGGAUACUUUAGCGCCAAUACACGGCCUAAGAUUUUAUUCGAUGCUCUGGGUGAUUCUGGGUCAUGUCUGUCUUAAUACCAACGAAGUCUCAGAGAAUAAAACGUUCCGGAAUGUAGCUGAGGGAAAAUUUCUCUAUCAGAUCAUCGGUAAUAGCAUAUAUUCCGUGGAUACAUUUUUCUUCAUGAGCGGAUGCUUGGUGACAUUUCUUUAUUACCGCACUAUCAAAAACAAGAAGAUGCAAGAGAAAAGGGUGAUAAAGGGCUGUCAGGGUCAGGUUCUGCAGUUCUUAGGAAUGAUAUCGUACAGAUAUUUUCGAUUGACCCCGGUUUACCUGCUGAUGAUCGGCCUUGUCCAGGUGUCGAUGAAGUGGUGUCAUGAUCACUCCAUGAUCGAACUACCCGCUGCACUAGAUUACAAAAAUUGCGAGAAAUUCUGGUGGCGGAAUGCUCUGUACAUAAAUGUCUAUUUCGACGUACCUGAUCGGUGCAUGUCCUGGUCUUGGUAUCUAGCGAACGACACGCAGUUCUACAUCCUAGGCUCGAUCAUCCUAAUAAUUGGAGCAAACUUUCUACCGCUGGCCACACUCAUCGUCACUUUCUUUUUGAUCGCCUCGUGGGUCACGACAGCACUAAUUACUUUACACAUAAGACACGUGCCAAGCAUCCAGGAUCCGAUGGCUCGCUUCGAUAUCCUCUACGACAAGCCGUGGACGAGAAUAGGACCGUAUCUCAUAGGAAUGGCCACCGGAUGGUACCUCUUCAGGGUCAAUUGCAAGACGAAUAUGAAGAAAGCUGUAGUUGUAUUCGGUUGGUCUCUUUGCUUGACCAUCAUGAUAUGUUUAGUUUUUGGAUUACGCAAAAAUACCUUUGGACCGGUAUUGUCCGCGAUGUAUACAUCGCUGUCACAUUCCGCUUGGGCAAUAUGUUUAGCAUGGAUCUUGAUCGCCUGCGUUACCGGUCACGGUGGUGCGGCAAAUUAUAUUCUCUCCUGGAAGUACAUAUAUCCGUUCUCCAGAUUGACAUAUUGUGCUUAUCUAGUGCAUACCUGGCUUAUAAGAUUUCUAAUUCUACUGGGUGGACGUUCGUUACAUCUCUCGUACAGUUUCUUGACGGUGUUAUUUUUUGGAUAUGCGGUGAUGUCAUACGUUAUAUCGUUGUUCCUCAGUCUACUCUUCGAGGCACCAAUGGUAUCUCUGUUGCGAAUAACUCAUCCCUUCAGAAAGUGGAAUUAA